AUGGCUCCUUUCUCUCUAGCAGCUGCCCUUGUCUCGGUCCUUGUGGCCAUCUCAACCGUGCAAGCAUCCAACACUACCGAAUAUGACUUUAUUGUCGUUGGAGGUGGUACUGCUGGUCUCGCAGUUGCUAGCCGUCUGAGCCAGUACCUGCCUAACAACACCGUUCUGGUAAUUGAAGCUGGCCCUGAUGGUCGCAAUGUGCCUGGCAUUUAUAUUCCUGGCAUGAAAGGUUCCACACUUGGUGGCGUUUACGAUUACAACUUCACAACUGUCGCACAAACUCAUGCUGGUGGCCGCUCGUGGGCACAGAACAGAGGAAAGGUUCUGGGUGGAAGUUCAGCGCUCAAUCUGAUGUGCUGGGACCGUGCUUCAGUGGCCGAAUACGAUGCUUGGGAGCACAUCGGAAACCCUGGCUGGAAUUGGGACAGUAUGAUCACCAACAUGCUCAAAGUCGAAAACUACACCCAGAGCGUCUACCCUGGACAGGGAAUCAACCAAGGCGUGGGAGUUGAUGGCCCAAUUCAUGCCACAAUCAACCGGAUUCAGCCCGACGAUCAGAAUACCUGGAUUCCUACGAUGGAGAAGUUGGGCUUCCUAGAGAACAUGGAGUCUCUUGACGGCAAUCCACUUGGCGUCUCCAUCCAGCCAAACAACAUCGACACUGCCAAGUACACGCGUUCAUACAGUCCUGAAUAUCUCAAGAUUGCUAGAGACAACCUCCAUGUCAUGACCGAGGCCCAAGUUAUCAAAGUCAACACCGAGAAGAGAAAUGGCAAGAUAGUUGCCACUGGUGUCACACUCAAGGGCAACCUUACCAUCAAUGCCUGCAAAGAGGUUAUUUUGAGCGCGGGAUCGUUUCAAUCUCCUGGUCUACUUGAGCUUUCCGGUAUCGGUAACUCCUCGAUCAUCACUGCUGCUGGGAUCGAGCCUGUUCUCGAGCUUCCGACCGUCGGCGAAAAUCUACAGGAUCAUAUCCGCAUUCAGAACAGCUUCAAGUUGAAGAAUAUGACCUCCUUCGAUGUUCUCAAGUACAAUCCGGCAUACAAGGCUGAGCAGUUGACUCUUUACAAUGCUAACAAUGAGUCGCUCUAUGACUACGCCGCCUCUGGAUUUGCCUAUCUGACCUGGCCUCAAGCCCUUGGUAACGAGUCUGCUUCUCUCGUCAAUGUCGCGAAGAUUGCCACCAACGUGAACGCUUCCAUCAUCGACAAGACUAAGAUCGACUUUAUGACUGGAAACAAGAGUCACACUAUCCCCCAGCUUGAGAUCAUCUUCUCUGAUGGCUACACCGGUGUCGGUGGUUACCCUGUUGUUAACUCGUCAGAGUACGGCUCGAACUACUUCACCCUCCUCAGUGUCAUCAUGCACACUAUGUCGCGUGGCCAUGUUCACAUCAACGCUUCUGAUCCUCUUAGCAAGCCCAUCAUCGACCCGAGAUAUUUCAGCAACGAGUAUGAUCUCCAGGCUGCUAUUGCUGCUACCAAGCUCAAUCGCAAGAUUGCGCAGACAGCACCUAUGAAAGACAUUAUCGCUGAAGAGUACGAGCCCAGCGCUGAGAUUCAGACUGAUGAGCAAUGGAGAAACUUUGCACUCAACCACACUCUGACCAUUUACCAUCCUCUUGGUACGUGCGCUAUGCUUCCCAAGAAGGAUGGCGGUGUUGUCAACCCUGAGCUGAAGGUGUACGGUACUUCUAAUUUGAGAGUCGUGGACGCUAGCAUUAUUCCCGUUCAGCUCUCUGCUCACAUUCAAACUGCUAUUUAUGGUAUUGCUGAGCGUGCUGCUGAGAUGAUUGCCGCUGAAUGGUCUGCUUAG